AAAAAAAAUAUUAUGCAAGAAAUAACAUACAAAGAAAAAAAAAACAAUAAAAAAGAAAAAAAAACAAUAUAUGAAAAAUAUACAUUAUGUGAAAAUAACACUAUAGAUCGAGUUCAAACAAUUCAUCUAUCUCUUUUUGAGACAUAA